UAUUGCCAGACAUGGUGUGGGUGCAGGCUGCACGGUAUGCGCACAAACAAAAGCACAUAAUGCACGCUGAAAGCGCAUUAAUAGUUCCGCCUCGGGGCUGUUUAAACAGGAGUUUGGCAGCGACCAGUCAGCCAGCGGCAGGUCACAUGUUGCAGCGUCAUUGUGUAGUAAAGUUACUGUAGUUGCAAAGAGGCUCCUCAUUCCAGCUCCAGAGGUCUCUCAUCCCGUGCUGCUGCCGCCGCCGCCGCCGCCGCCGCUGCUGCUGCUGCUGCGUUUCAGCAUGCGACAACUUCAGUUUCAAACGAUCUCCAAAGGAGCCGUGCAGCCAUGGGAGUGCAUUACCUCAUCCAUGCAAUUUCCACCAUCAAUAAUUUAAUCUAUUUGCUCCAAAGCUGAAUAGAUAUCCUGAAGCUUGUCGGUACAGAGAGGAAAAUAUCGCUUAAGUAAAUUACUCAGGGAGUUGUCCAAAACUUCCCAGAUGACACUACUGUCCUGGUGUUGAAUGGUCUGUUUUACGACUGGGCAGUAAAAGUUCCACCAGGUUAGAAGAGUGAUGACCAUCCUGUUCCUUACUAUGGUUAUUUCAUACUUCAGUUGCAUGAGAGCUGCGCCCCUGAGAGAUGCCCCGGGCAUGCGGGGCCAUCGGACGGAAGGCUACUUGGGCGCUGCUGCGACGGCCGCACGAGGCCAUGGGACUCCACAGAGUGGUGGUGGGCCAGGCCAGCGCGGGGAACUGCCCUCACUCACAGACACGUUUGAGCAGGUGAUAGAGGAGCUGCUGGAGGUGGAGGGAGAGGCAGCACAGCUGGGACAGGGGGCUGAUAAGAGCCAGGGAGGUGGGGGCCCAUCCUCUGUGGUUACCACAGAGACCAAGGAUGUCGACCUGUACGACUCGCGGGUGAUGAUCAGCAACCAAGUGCCUUUGGAGCCACCGUUGCUCUUUCUUCUGGAGGAAUACAAAAACUAUCUGGAUGCCGCUAAUAUGUCCAUGAGGGUGCGGCGACACUCCGAUCCGUCUCGGCGCGGAGAGCUCAGUGUGUGUGACAGUAUUAGCCAGUGGGUGACAGCUGUGGAUAAAAAGACGGCAAUAGACAUGUCUGGGCAGACAGUUACCGUCAUGGAAAAGGUCCCUGUCCCCAAUGGCCAACUGAAGCAAUACUUUUAUGAGACCAAAUGCAACCCCAUGGGGUACACAAAGGAGGGCUGCAGAGGAAUAGACAAGCGGCAUUAUAAUUCCCAAUGCAGGACAACCCAGUCCUACGUGCGAGCGCUUACCAUGGAUAGCAAAAAGAAGAUUGCCUGGCGGUUUAUAAGGAUAGACACUUCAUGUGUAUGCACAUUGACCAUUAAAAGAGGGAGAUAGUGUAUAAAAUGUAUAGAUUUUAUUGAAGAGUUUAAAAAAGAGAAUAAAGAGAAAAUAUCUAUUUGUAUAUAUACAUAACAGGGUAAAUUAUUCCGUCAAAUGAAAAUUUUAUGGACUGCAUGUAAAAAAAGAUGAAGUUUAUACAGUAAAAGUGAUACUACAGUCUAUUUAUUGAACAUAUUCAUGACCUUGUAAACAAUUAAAAAUCAACCA